AUGCGAAAGUCACAUGCCCCCCAACCAGAGCCAACCCUUCUGUCACUCUCCGAGAAGAUUGAUCGACUAGAGCGAGCGAUUAAUCAUGUCACUACAACCAUGGAAGUGAGAAUGGAUCGCUUGACCGAUUUGAUCCACCGAGCUAUUCCUGAGCGUGAGCCCUCGAUCGUGCUUUCAUCCGAAAGUAGCAGUCGCGAAGAAUCUAUUGCCAGUGACAGUGGUGAGAGUGACGGCCCCAUUCAGGGAGGCGAGACUGCCGUUUCCGAGCCGCACCAGGAAGAGGAGAUUCCGGGCAAACCCUACAGAUGUGACGAGUGUGGCCUGGCCUUUGCAAGAAGCUGGUACGUUGCCAGACACAAACGAACCGCCCACGGUUCGAAGUGCCUUUGGCCAGGCUGCUCGAGAGCGCCUUUCAUGGUCGCAGCCCGGCCAUUCCACCACCACCUCCUCCACGAGCACCAGAAUGGUGGCUUUGGAGGCGAGGAGAAUGCUUCGGUGUGCAAGUGGCCGGGCUGUGCCGAGCCCAACGUCCGCAAGCGCGGAAUGCUUCAGCACCUGCUGAAGCACAACCACGAUGCGUGGCUGGCUCGUCGACGACAGGCCUCCCGGGCACGCUAG